CAAUGAAUGGCUUUGUAGCUCCCAGUGUUUUUCAUUUGAACAUGAAGGGAAGUUGAAAAUAUCAGUUCCUCUUUGUGCCUAAGACUUUAAAAUAAAGGAAAUCCCUUUUUUGUUUUGUUUUUUUCUUUUUCGUGUGUGGUUAUUAACUCGUGUUUUAACGCCGGCACAGACUGUGGAUGAACUACCUGUGCUGGAAUUAUGUGGCUCUGGCCUGAAUUUAAUUUUCUUCACAGUGAUGGAUGGAGACAGCUGCCACAUUUUAAUAUGCAAGCGUGUGGAUUCGAAUGAUUGAUGCAUUUAUUUUAUUUUUUACAUCUGAAAGGCUGACAAAACAGCUUUGAUUUUUUUUCGCAGUAAAAGUACAUGUCUACAGGAUUAAUCCUGUAACUGCUCAGAUUACAGAGCAGAGGGAACAAAUGCUGAGUGACACGUUAGUUUAGAGAAGUGGCGGUGGUUUGAGUGGCCGCCAUCGCACGAAAACACAGUACCGGACUGACGUCAUCUUUGUUUUUGUUCCUGCAAAGAACUGCUGAGAGAGCUCCAGUUGUGAACUUGAUCAGGUUUGAUUAAACCUGAAAAACCUGUUCAUCAGAGCUCAUGCCAGAAUGUUUACAACAUGAACUUCUCAAAGACACACGGAUAUACUUUAUGUCGGAGCUUGAAUAGGUUUUUUCUGCCGUAGCCAGCAAGUCUAAUUUUACUCUAUAGUUUUCAGUGUUGAAAUAACGAUGGGACUUUAUUUUCUGUGCAGUCUCGCAGUCACUGCUGUUCUGUUGUUCACUGCACCAACAGGUCUUACUCUUAGAGUCGUGGAUCAGAUGAUAGGCGACUGCGAGUAUGGUGAGGACAUCGCCGACAUGGUCUACUUUGUGAAAAACAUAGUCAACAAGAAGCUUGAGAACAUGUAUGACUCUCGGAUUGGGAAAUAUGUCGGCUUUGAUGAAAACGGCAUAAGAGCUGCGAAACAUUACAACAAGCAGGCCUGGAAAAUGGCCUUAAGACGCGCUGAAGUGGAGACGCUUUGCAGAUACAACGCAAGACUCUUCAGAAGGAGCACGCUGGAAAGGCAAGUGCCGCCGACAGUUAGGGUCCACCAGACCAAGCCGGUUGACUACGGAGAGCGGAAUGUAAUCGAGUGCAGUGUUAUGGGGUUCUACCCUCAAGACUUGGAGGUGACUUGGCUGAGGGACGGGACGGAGAUCAUCACCGACGUGUCCUUCACAGACGUCCUGGCCAACGAGGACUGGACCUUCCAGCUGCACGCGUACCUGGAGCUGAUACCAAAGAGAGGGGAGCGUGUGACCUGUAGGGUGGACCACAGCAGUCUGACAGAGAGCCUGGAGGUGGACUGGGACACGUUUGCACUGGAUGCUAAAUACCUGAAGGUGGUGCUGGGCACCAUCUCCUUCUUCGUUGGCUUCACCGUAGCUGUCGGCGGAGGAGUUUACUACUGGUGGAAACAAAGGUUUGACUUCAGCCCAGUUGGUCGACGGGAACAAACAUCGUCGUAUCAUUCGGACUUGUAGUUUUUGGUACGAAUGCUUUAACAGGAGCAGAUGUGAUCUGAUGGAGAAUAUAUCUUUCUCCCCCCCAAAGGAAAAUGUGUUACAAACUACUUUUACUAGUUUAAAACCCUUCGAACAGUUGUUUAAAAGUUAGUAUUUCAAAUCAUGGGGGUGUGUUCACUGGGGAAGCUGAACGCACAAACACACACUGCCCGCUUACCCUAACCUCAACCAUCACAACUACGUGCUUAACCCUAACCCUUAACCUAAAACCAGUUCUUAACCCUGAAUAGCACUUUCAAGUUGUGGGACAGGAAUAAACUGUCCCCACAAAGACAGGUUUGUACGUUUUGUGGACCUCACAAAGACAUAAAUGCAAGUACACGCUUUAGUGAGGACCAAAGCAGCUGAAUAUCAUCAGUAUUUUGUUCAGAAUAUUAACACAAACACUUCAGUAUCAAACCACUUGAUUAACAAACAAGGGGAGAAGUGACAUUUUUAUCAUUUUGGCUGAAAGUUUAACGACAAACACGGAGCUUGUUUAGCUACAGUCCUGCUAAGUGACUACCAUUGUUGCCUCACAGCAAGAAGGUUCACGGGUUCAGAUCCGUGGGCCUUUCAGUGUAGAGUUUCCAUGUUCUCCCUGUGUGCUUGUGGGUUUUCUCCGGUUUCUCUGGUUUCCUCCCACAGUCCAAAAACAUGCAGCGGUUAAUCGGACACUCUGGCCUCUGUGUUUGUUAUGCGAUGACUUGGCGACCUGUCCAGGGUGUGACUCCACCUUUCACCCACCAAUGUAAUUUAUUUAAGUUUAUUUAUACAAUGCGUAGUGCUGCUUUAAAUGAUAUCUUCUAUAUCUUUAAUAAACAAAUGCAGUAUUA